AUGUCUACGUCUAAUGCUCAAGAAUCUUCUUCGAAAACAAUCGAAGAAACUUAUAUUAAAUUAACUCCAAUUGAACAUGUACUUAAGAGACCAGAUACUUAUGUCGGCUCUGUCGAAGCAAUAACUGACAAACAAUGGAUAUAUAACGCUGAAGAGGAUAAACUAGAAUAUAAAGAAAUUACUUAUGUCCCAGCAUUUUUCAAAAUUUUCGAUGAAAUUCUUGUUAAUGCUGCUGACAACAAGAUCAGAGACUCUUCAAUGAGCACAUUAAAAGUUAAAAUUGAUAAAGAAGCAGGAAAAAUUUCCGUGUACAAUAAUGGCAAAGGUAUUCCGAUAGAAAUUCAUAAAGAAUUGAAUGUAUAUGUACCAGAAAUGUUAUUUGGACAACUCAUGACAUCAUCAAAUUAUAAUGAUGAUGAGAAGAAAGUUACUGGUGGUAGAAAUGGUCUUGGUGCAAAAUCUGUAAAUAUUUUCAGUACCCAAUUCACCGUAGAAACAACUGAUACGACACAAAAGAAAAGAUACAUACAGUUAUUUCAUAAUAACAUGACUCAAACCGAUAAACCAAAGAUCACCAGUUAUAGCAAGAAAGAAGAAUACACCAUGAUAUCAUUUAUUCCUGAUUUUGAGAAAUUUGGAAUGACUGGUUUGACUGAUGAAGCCAUUUCUUUGUUGAGUAAACGUGUACAUGACAUGGCUGGAACUGUAAAAGAUGUUAAAGUAUUUCUUAAUGAUAAACGUAUUCAUGCAAAAAAUUUCAAGGAAUAUGUUCAAAUGUACUUGAAAUCAGUUAAUGCGGUCGGUGCAUCUUCAAGGAGUAGUAUAGUACAUGAACAUGUUAAUGAUCGUUGGGAAAUCAGUAUAACUCCUAGCAUUGAAGGUCAAUUCCAACAAGUGAGCUUUGUAAACAGUAUCUGUACAUCUAAAGGUGGUACGCAUGUUAAACAUGUGAUUGAUCAAAUAGUUACAAAACUUACUGAACACAUAGAAAAAAAAAAUAAGGGUGUUAAAGUUAAGCCAUUCCAAAUAAAAAAUUACAUCUGGAUAUUUGUUAAUUGUUUAAUUGAAAAUCCUGCAUUCGACUCUCAAACAAAGGAAAAUAUGACAUUAAAACAAAGUUCAUUUGGAUCAAAGUGUGUAGUUGAUGAUGAUUUCAUUAAAAAAGUGGUAAGAACGGGUAUUUUAGAGGGUAUAAUGAAUGAUCUUAAAUCAAAACAAGUUCAGGACUUGAAGAAAACGGAUGGAGUCAAAAGAAAUAUGAUCAAUGUCCCAAAAUUGGAUGAUGCAGUUAAUGCUGGAACGCGAAAUGCUCAGAAUUGUAUAUUAGUGUUAACUGAAGGCGAUUCAGCCAAAGCAUUGGCUUUAGCAGGCUUUGAUGUUGUUGGUCAUAAUGAAUGGGGUGUUUAUCCAUUACGUGGGAAGUUGUUAAAUGUUCGCGAUGCAUCACUGAAACAAAUAUCUGAAAAUAAAGAAGUACAAGCGAUUAAACAAAUACUUGGUUUACAACACAAUAGAGAGUAUGAUUCGCUCAAAGACUUGCGAUAUGGUAGUCUUAUGAUAAUGACCGAUCAAGAUCACGAUGGUAGUCAUAUUAAGGGUUUGAUUAUCAAUUUUUUUGAUCAUUUUUAUCCAUCCUUAUUAAAACAACCCGGCUUUCUUCGUGAAUUCAUUACACCUAUUGUCAAAGUCAAGUGCCAAAAAGAUAAGACUGUAUUAUCUUUUUUUACAAUUCCUGAAUAUGAGGAAUGGAAGGGCGAAAACGAUAAUGGAAAAGGUUGGGAAAUCAAAUAUUAUAAGGUUUCGCAAUUGUCAGGUUAUAUUGCAGAACAUUCUGCGUAUCAUCAUGGUGAAGACAAUUUGGAAAAAGAAAUGAUUGCUGCUAGUGCUCGUUAUAUAAACACAAGACUUACACCAUUUGCGCGUAUGAUUUUUCAUCCAGAUGAUGAUGUUUUACUUGAUUAUUUGAACGAAGACGGCCAAAGUAUUGAACCAAAAUGGUAUGUUCCAGUCAUCCCAAUGAUUCUUGUAAAUGGUGCGGAAGGUAUAGGAACAGGUUGGAGUACCAAUAUACCAAAUUAUAAUCCUAAAGAUAUUAUUUAUAAUUUAAGACAAAUGAUUAAUGGGAAAGAAUUAAAUCCAAUGCAUCCUUGGUAUCGUGUAACACGUGUAAUAAUCUCAGAAUUACCCAUUCGCAAAUGGACCGAAGAUUACAAAUCAAAAGUUCUUACUGAUCUUAAAGAAAAUGUAGAUCUUGAGAUUGAGUUAACUCUUGAACAAAUGGCAAAAGCAGAAAGUGAGGAAGGAUUUGAAAAAUUUUUCCAAUUGACAAAUUCAAUGGCAACAACAAAUAUGAUGUGUUUUGAUCCAAAUAAUAAAUUAGCAAAAUAUGAUUCGCCAGAAGAUAUACUAAAAGAAUUUUAUCAAAUAAGAUUAGACUUUUAUGUAAAAAGAAGGAAAAUUACAACAAAAAGCUUAAAGAAAUCAAAAAUUAUAAAACUUCUUGAAUCACAUAAUUUUGAUAAAAUUUAUAGUGAAGAUGAUUUGUCACCGUCAUCAGCGUCAUUGUCACCUUCAUCAUCUGAAGAUAGUGAAUCGGAAAAUUCAGAUGUUGAAUUUAAUGACGAUAUUAGAGGAUACAAUUAUUUAAUGAAAAUGACAUGUUGGACUUUUAAUGAAUUAACAGAGAUUUCAGAUAUGACAGCUACAGAUCUUUGGAUAAAGGAUUUAGAUACAUUGGAAAGCGCAUGGGAUGAAUUUUUAAAAUCUGGUACUAUAAGCGGUGAUGAUAAUCGUCCUCUUCCUCAUCAUCAACAACAACCACAUAUUAGUAAGGCAAAAUCUUCCUCAAGUAGUAAAAGUGUAAAAACACCUAGGAAAAAUAAAGGAAAACUUAAAGCUGUAGAAAAUACUUUGGUUGAUGAUGAUGCUUAUUUAAAAGUUAAUAAUGAAACUAAUAAAUUGGUUGAAAAAAAUAAAGCACCAAUUGAAAGAGUUAUAAGACGACAACCAAAAAGAAGAAAAGUUGCUGAUUAA